CACUCUUUUUCACUCAUCACAUUUUCUUCCAUCAAAAACAAAAAAUGGCAACAAAUUUCAUGGAUGAAGAAAUUCCUAUUGUAGUUUCACGCCAGGAUUUCCCUCCUAACUUUGUGUUUGGUGUUUCAACUUCUGCUUAUCAGGUUGAAGGAGCAGUUAAUGAAGGUGGCAGGGGUGAGAGUAUUUGGGAUGUUUUUGCACGCAAAGAAGGAAAAAUCGUAGAUGGAAGUAAUGGAGACAUUGCUGCAGAUCAAUAUCACCGCUACAAGGAAGAUGUCGAACUUAUGUCCAAGCUGGGAUUUGAUGCCUACCGAUUUUCUGUAUCAUGGCCUCGUAUUUUCCCUGAUGGUUUGGGAACGAAAGUCAAUGAGGAAGGAAUUGCCUACUACAACAAUCUCAUUGAUGCUCUGCUUGAUAAAGGUAUGCAGCCGUACUUAACAUUAUACCAUUGGGAUCUACCUAACUAUCUUCAAGAAUCAAUCGGAGGAUGGUUAUCCGACGAAAUUGUAAAAUAUUUCGCAAUAUAUGCUGAGACUUGCUUCGCGAAUUUUGGGGAUAGAGUAAAACAUUGGAUCACAUUAAACGAACUUUGUUCAACUUCGGUACAUGGAUACGAUGUUGGGACACAUGCUCCUGGGAGAAGUGAAAAUCCUUCUACAGAACCUUAUUUGGUUACACACCAUCAACUUCUGGCUCAUGCAGCGGCUGUUUCCAUUUACAAAAACAAGUUUCAGGCUCAGCAAGGCGGUGAAAUAGGCAUAGCACUUGAUUGUGAAUGGGCAGAGGCUUUUCCCGGUAAGGAGGAGGAUAAAAAUGCUGCUGCAAGACGUUUAGAUUUUACAUUUGGAUGGUUUUUGGAUCCAAUAUAUUUCGGGGACUAUCCUAAAACCAUGCGUGAGAGGCUUGGAGAUCGUCUUCCAAGAUUCACAGAUGAAGAUAGAGAAUUGUUAAGCUACUCGAUAGACUUUCUGGGUAUUAAUCAGUAUACAUCAAGGUUCAUUGCUCAUGCAGCAACAAGCCCUGACCCUGGGCAUUUUAUAAAAGAUCAACAAAUCGAAAGAAUUGUUAAAUAUCCAGGGGGUGAGGCUAUUGGUGAUAAGGCUGCAUCCGAUUGGCUUUACAUAGUUGCUUGGGGGUUGCGUAAUCUACUGAAUUAUGUUGCAGAGAAAUAUCAGAACCCCAAGAUAUACAUUACUGAGAAUGGAAUGGAUGACGAAGAAGAUCCAGAAACUCUUCUCCAUAAGAUGCUGGAUGAUAAAAAGAGAGUUGGGUACUACAAGGCGUACAUUGCUGCAUUAGCCCAAGCAAUCAAGGAUGGUGCCGAUGUGAGGGGGUACUUCGCAUGGUCUUUCAUGGACAACUUUGAAUGGUCUGAAGGCUACACCAAGCGUUUUGGUAUUGUUUAUGUCGAUUACAAGAAUGGACUCUGCCGGUACCCCAAAUCAUCUGCCAUCUGGUUUUCUCGUUUUCUUUCAGGCGAUGAAGGAAUGACUAUUAUGACGGAGGACUGAUUUCCUCUACAUUAGUCAUUAGCAUUACUGAGAAUUCCUAGGCACUUAAAUAAACGACGAGACAUGGCGUGGAGCUUCCAUCGCUAUGUCAAUAUCAUUCUGCCCUUUACUGGGUAGCGACUAGAGAGAUAAUAAUUUUACCAUUUGUGUG